UUAAUUCCUGUGUAUUACUUUUGUGUACUAUCUACUAUUACUGUCUGCUGGACUUUGUCUACUAUCUACUAUUGCUGUCUACUGGACUUUUUUUUACUAUCUACUGUUACUGUCUACUGGGGUUGGUCUUCUAUCUACUAUUACUGUUCAGUGGAGUUUGGCUACCAUCUACUAUUACUGUCUACUGGAGUUUGUCCACUUUGUACUAUUACAUCGUAUAAUUACAUUCUACUUUCUACUGUUAUUUUCUUCUUUCUACUAUCUCACCUAACUUUCGGUCAACCUUCCCGGACUUUAACAGUACUGGAGUGAGCGGGUCCCUGCCUGGGGGUCCCGUCAUUACAUGGUAAAAGAACAGUUGAGUAUUGCAGGUACUACACGGCACUAGAGAGGACUUGGUUCUUUGACCACUGCAGCGAUGCCCAUCUCAAGGUGUGGGAAGCCAACGUGGCCGUCCACAAGCGGGGGAUUGAACUCAUCCGGCCGGGUGCCAAGUGUUCUGAGAUUGCCCAAGAACUAAACGAAAUGUUUGCCCAGUUCGGCCUUCUGAAGUACCGCAUGUUUGGCUACGGUCAUUCCUUCGGUGUCCUCAGCCACUACUACGGGCGUGAGGCUGAUCUGGAGCUACGUGAGGAUAUAGACACAGUACUGGAGCCUGGCAUGGUUGUGUCUAUGGAGCCCAUGGUGACCAUCCCCGAGGGCGAGCCAGGCGCCGGCGGCUACCGGGAACAUGACAUACUUGUCAUUAACGAUGACGGUACCGUAGAUGACAUCACUGGCUUCCCCUUCGGACCAGAACAUAAUAUAUUUAAGAAAUAAACCUUUGUUCACUGACAGUAAAUUCACGUAUUUAUUCAAUCCAUAUUAGGAAACAAUAGGCUAUAUAACUUAACAUUACACAAAACUGUACACAAUCAAGUAAAUGAGAUUCAUAGAACUAUCUGAGAUUGUGUCUCGAAGGUUGAAAAAUGUGCUAUAAUGUCAACAUCUGAAACUUCCCCACAUGUAUCCAACCCUGUAUGUGUGCAUGAUGUAAAUUAAUGAAGCUGCCAGACCCAGAGGAAUGGUACAUGUUAUGGAGCUUCAAAACAAAUUGUGUUUGUGAUAUAACUUUUGUUCAUAACAAAAUCUUCAUAUUCUUAAGAGCAAAGUAAAUGCUGUAUGACACACAACUAUGGUUAUGAUACGUGAGAGACACUCAACAUAAUGAGUGCGUUUACUCUUUGUUUACUUAUGUCCUUCUAGUUUUAGAAGACAAAUUAAAAUAUAAUCAUUGUCUAUCAGACUAAAGCGUCCAGCCUAGAACAACAACAAAGCGUAUAGCAGUAACUAGCUAUAUUUCUUUGUUAUUAGUAGUAAGCGUUUGUAAAUAUGGUUAUACAUUUUAA